GACUUUCUCUCAUCAGCUUCAAGCCCUCAGCUCAAAGUAAAAGUCAUCUCAGACGAUGAUUUGGGGGUUGACUAUUAUGAUAUUGUCCCUAUCUUCUUCUGCCCUGUAGGCUGACUCCCUGACCAUCAAUCAGACUCCUUCAAGAAAGGACCGCCCGCGCGACUAUAUUCACCGCUAUUGCAAAGCCCGAGAGGCUAGUGUAAGGGUUGAUCGGUGUGUAAUAGAUCAUGAUAUUCUCGCACACGAUGGAGAAAAGUAGGUCUGCGUCCUAGCUACACCAGAUCGAUGUCGGCAAUGGAACGACGAACAAGGAAAUAUAAACCCCAAAGCCUCGACGCCCUCAUCCAUGGUCCGCUAGGACUCUCCACUCUUGACCAUCCUCUAGGACGACCGACAUCCCCUCUCAAACGCAUAUCAGACGCAGUCACGACGAGCAUCGUCAAACCUCCAAACGUCGGCACUCAAAUGACACCCAAAGCACUCACAGAUGCCCUCUGCACUCCAGAGCAUACAAAAAACGCACUGGGUUUGCGCUCAUGGGUGCUCGGGUUGCUCCCUCGCUUGGGGAAUUCAUUGUCCUCACCGUCAAUGUGCUCGAGCCUAGCUCGAAUACUAGUGCCAAUGAGAGCUCUGUGCUCCACGUUAGCUUCAAGGAUACUCCUGCAUCGUGCACCCGUUGUGAGAAUUGCAGCGGCUCAAACACGAAGUCGUGGCUGCGCCCCGGAAAACCGUGACAUUGGGAAGUACGGAAAAGGGCAGGAUGGAGUGCGAAGAGGAGGGCGUGAGUUUGCAGAGUUUUUCGAGGAGGGGUUGGGUGUUGCGAGGUGACUCGUACAUUAAUUAUUCAAAAGAAGAGCCUCG